AUGGCAUCCAACAAUAAUCAGGGCCACGUUCCUGGUCGAGAUCCGUCACAACGCGCAAUUCCACUACAAAAUUUAUCUAGAGAUGAAAGCGACGAUUUUGAGAACAUCGAUGACCGCCGAGGGAGGAGGAGGAGUAGCGGCGCAAGGACUGGACACGGACCGAGACGAUCAUUACUCACGGGGGGAGGCUUCAAGACGUACGAGCGCGUCGCGGAGGAUUCGCCCAGUCCCAAAGACAGAGUCGGUCUACGAAUCACGCAACCAUCGACCGCAAGACUAAGAGAGAACAAUCCGUAUGCGUCCGAUGACCAUGACUUUGUCGAUGACCCAGGUGGUUUCGCCGAGGCCAUGGGUUCGAUAGGUUUUGGCUUUCGUCCAUCGUCACCGCGGCGUUCCGAUAGCGAAGAGUUUAUGAUGAGUUCAUUUCCAGGACCGUCUGGACACGCCGGAAAGGCAGCUGCCGAUGAUUAUUUUCCUUCUCCAAUUGUACCGAUCGACGACACGGCGCCGUUGACGGAUGAGAAAUAUCUUCAGCCUAUCAGUGGCGCAAAUGCCCGAGAGUCUGAAGGCAGGACAAGCAUGCAAAGUGUAAGACUUGGAAAUAGUUUCAGCAGUUCCCGCUUGGGUGAUGAUCUGGAGACUGGAGGAAGGAGACGAGGCAGCAGCAGUGCAGGUGGUAGUCGUUCACGUUCGCGCUCUUUGUCACCAUCUGUGUCCAGCUCAGCUUUGCAUAGAGCUGGUACCGUUAUGCAAAAGAUGUCACAGCGUGUCGUCAAUUUAAGUAACGAGCCUGUCGAGCAGGCGAUUCUGCGCCGGGAGUCAACGAAGAGGUCGAAACACGAUGAGCCACCAAGCCCACCCUCGCAACAAGACUUUGACAAUAUUCCGCAUCGAAUGGAGAGUGUCUCCGAGAAAGGGAGCUCUCAAACAACCUGGAGGUCAACCGUCAACCCCUUUAGGGGGAAAUCACUUGGCAUAUUCAGUCCGGACAACCCGUUGAGAACAUGGCUAUGUGAUAUUCUAGUACAUCCAGCUACGGAACCAUUUAUUUUGCUGGUCAUUGUGGUCCAUGCCGUAUUAUUGACUAUCCAAUCUGCCCACCCAGUGUGGACUCACCCACGAUCUGAGAAAUGGGGCUCACAGGCGAUUGAUUAUGCCUUGUUCGUUAUUUUUGUCAUCUAUACGAUUGAGUUGUUUGUCAGGAUUAUAGUAUCUGGCUUUAUCUGGAACUCGGCAGAGUACAGUACCAUGGACAGGUCGCUCGGGUUUAAAAAAGCGAUUGUUGAAAGAGGCAAAAGCCUCUUGUCCCUCCAACGACAACCUUCAACAAAAACAAAGUCUGUCAAGUUUGAGGACACCCAACCCUCAUAUCUGCGCAAGACUGUCACGGGGCUACAGCCAUUCACCGAUUCCUCGGAUGAUCCUCGCCAUGGGUCACGUAAACGACUCGCUUACAGAGCAUUUCUCAGACACUCUUUCAACCGAUUAGACUUUCUAGCAGUUGUUUCAUAUUGGAUCUCGUUCGGCCUGCAAAUUACAGGCUAUUCUAGCAAACAUAAUAUCUAUAUUUUCCAGAUGCUCAGUUGUCUGCGUUUACUUCGACUGCUUGGUAUCACGGAUGGAACUUCGGUCAUUCUACGAAGUUUGAAGAAAUCGGCGCCACUACUUGUGCACGUCGGUUUCCUCAUUGGUUUCUUUUGGUUGCUUUUCGCCAUUGUGGGCAUUCAAAGCUUCAAGUCCAGCUUUCGCAGAUCUUGCGUUUGGAUCGACCCAGAAGGCCAGAGUAAUUUCACUAUGAACGACCCUUAUAAUGUUAUCCAAUUAUGUGGAGGGUAUCUCGAUAGCUCUACAGGUGAAGCGAUGCCUUGGGUUUACGCAAACAACGAUCCAUCUCCAUUCAGUCCAAAAGGUUACCUUUGCCCUCAGGGCUCGAUGUGUAUCGAAGGAACCAAUCCGUACAACGAUACAAUGAGUUUCGACAAUAUUUUCAACUCUCUUGAACUCGUUUUUGUGAUCAUGAGCUCCAACACGUUUACCGAUCUCCUUUAUUAUACCACGAAUUCAGAUUAUCUUGCUUCUGCCCUGUUUUUUGCCGUUGGAUUUGUGCUACUGAGUUUGUGGAUGGUUAACUUGUUAGUUGCUGUCAUCACGUCUUCGUUUCAAGUCAUUCGAGAGGAGAGCAGGCAAAGCGCUUUCGCUAUGGAAAAACUCGAGGAACCUGAAAUUGACGAGUCGGAACGUUACAAAGUCAAUCAUCUCAAAAAUCUAUACGAGAAGACUAGUUGGUUAUGGAUUGCCUUGAUUGCGUACGACCUGAUCGUUCAGUGUAUGCGAAGCGCAACCAUGAGUCAAUCGACAGAAAGAUUCAUCAGCGAUACCGAAACUGCCGUUACUUUCGUCCUCUUGUUGGAGAUAAUUUUACGGUUUGCGUCUGACUGGAGACAUUUUCAUCAUAGCAAGCGCAACCUUGUCGACCUUGCUCUCGCGGUGAUAACAUGUAUCAUACAAAUUCCGCCGAUUCACUCCUCGGGCCAAGUAUAUAUGGGGCUUACGCUCUUUCAAAUAUUGCGUAUAUACCGCAUCGUUUUGGCGUUUUCGGUGACGAGAGACCUUAUCAUGGUCGUAUUCCGCAACGUUGUUGGUUUGCUGAAUCUGAUCCUCUUCGUGUUUUUGAUUACAUAUCUCGCAGCCAUAUUUGCAGUGCAGUUAUUCCGCGGUGUGAUCCCAGCCCAAAACGACAACGGGGGCACGAUUGAGAUGACAUUCUUCACUAUAUACAAUUCUUUCCUCGCCAUGUACCAAAUUCUGUCUACCGAGAAUUGGACUACAAUUCUGUACGGCUCAACUACAAACACUAAGGCUUAUGGCACCUCCUGGAUUUCGGCAUCGUUUAUCAUAAUAUGGUUCAUUCUCUCGUGUUUCAUUAUCUUGAACAUGUUUAUUGCUGUCAUUCAAGAGAGCUUUGAUAUCUCGGAAGAUCAGAAGCGUUUGCAUCAGGUGAAGGCUUUUUUGCAACAGAAAGAACUCGGGUCCUCCUCGGCCAGCAAUCUUGCUCUGACUUCUAUAUUCAAGUUCGGCCGGGAAAACGCUAGGAAUCGGGAGCCUCUAGAUUACGGCCCUGCUACUAUGGAUAUGCUUCUCAAGGAUGCCGUAGUGCAGGAGUUUCUUGACGAGCACUUUGGUUCAUUCGACUCUCAGACACCACAUCAACCAUCUGUGGGUAAAGAUGCAUUACAACCAGGCUGGAUUUCUACAAUCUGGACCAAAAUUUCAAAGACAUUCCUAAACCAGGAGCCGAAUCCCUUCUACUCUAAGUUGAAGUUUUCAAAGGCAUACGACGAACUUGACCCUCGAACUUUAGCGAAAGAGGUGGUGAUGGCUUCUGAGCAACGCAAAAUCGCGCAACGAGAAUACCUCCAACGUUAUCCGUUAUACAAUAAGUCUUUGUAUAUUUUCAGCACCAAGAAUCCGAUUCGAAGAGCAUGUCAGCGUAUGGUUGGACCAGGACGUGGCAGUCAUCGAUUUGAAGGUGUCGAACCUUACAAGCCGCUGUGGUACACCUUCUCGGCUUUUAUUUAUGCUUGUAUUGUUGCAAUGGUUCUACUGGCUUGUAUCACGACGCCACUCUACCAGAGAGAAUACUUUCUGACACGAGAAUACACGCCCGAUAACUGGUUUGUCUGGACUGAUGCAGGAUUUGCAGUAGUUUUCACUAUCGAAGCUGUGAUUAAAGUCAUCGCCGACGGAUUCUUCUGGACGCCGAAUGCCUAUUUCCGAAGUUCUUGGGGGUUUCUCGACGGUGUCGUACUUAUAACCCUUUGGAUCAAUAUUUUUACUUCCUUGUUUACCACUGGAAAUGUGUCCAGAAUUGUCGGUGCGUUUAAAGCUUUGAGGGCACUGAGACUUCUCAAUGUGAGCGAUAGUGCCAGGGAUACGUUCCACUCUGUUAUCAUCAUCGGCGGUUGGAAAGUUAUUUCUGCUGCAUUCGUUUCGAUGAGUUUUCUCAUCCCCUUUGCCAUCUAUGGAUUAAACCUUUUCAGUGGACAAAUGAUAUCAUGUAACGAUGGUUCGCUUUCUGGGAGUCUCGAUGGUUGUAUCGGGGAAUACCAGAGCUCUCCAUACAACUGGGGGGUCUUGGCGCCUAGGGUAGCCGACAAUUCUUACUAUAGUUUCGAUAAUUUCGGCAACUCUCUAUUCAUUCUCUUUCAGAUCGUUUCUCAAGAAGGAUGGAUUGAUGUGCAAGCGAGUGCAAUGAGCAUCACAGGAGUUGGCCAACAGCCUCAGAGUUUGGCAGCACAAGCCAAUGGUCUUUUCUUCGUUGUCUUCAACUUGCUCGGUGCAGUCUUUGUGUUGACCCUGUUUGUCACCGUCUUCAUGCGAAAUUAUACGGAACAAACAGGAGUUGCUUUUUUGACAGCGGAGCAGCGUUCCUGGCUUGAGUUGAGGAAACUUCUGAGACAAAUAUCACCAUCGAAAAGAUCGAAUAACGCCUUUGCUAAGAACUGGCGCAAGACAUGCUAUCGACUCGCAUCGAGAAAGAACGGCAAAUGGGCGCGCUUCAUCACGGGUUUGCUCGUAUUCCAUCUGCUGCUUCUCACUUUGGAAUGGUAUCCGUAUCCGGAUCUGUGGGAUAUUAUCAGAGAUGUACUCUUUUUUAUUCUAACCCUAUUCUAUAUUGCGGAUAUCACUAUACGUAUCAUCGGACUCGGUUGGCCUCGCUUUAGACGAAGCUCAUGGGAUCUCUACUCCCUUUUAGUCGUACCAGGAACUUUUGUUACGGUCAUUUUUGCUUUCAUCUUCCGCAACGUCAACCGCAUGAACGCUGUACUGCAACUCAACAAGCUGUUCAUUGUUUCUAUCACACUUUUGAUCAUCCCCCGCAACAAUCAACUUGAUCAGCUUUUCAAGACGGCUGCUGCCAGUUUGACAUCUAUUGUCAACCUGUUAGCAACUUGGUUUGUCUUAUUUCUCGUAUUCGCCAUAGCAAUGACACAAACAUUCGGACUCACAAAAUUCGGAGGCCACGAAACGAACAAUAUCAACUUUCGGGAUGUUCCAAACGCCCUAAUCUUGCUCUUCCGUACUAGUGCAGGCGAAGGCUGGAACCAGCUCAUGGAAGACUUUGCAACCAUGGAACGGCCGUAUUGUACAUUGAAUGAUGAGUUCCUUAAAUCAGACUGCGGAAGUCAAGGAUGGGCUCGCGGUCUUUUCAUCGCCUGGAACGUUAUCAGCAUGUAUCUCUUCGUAUCACUUUUUGUCUCUCUCAUUUACGAGAGUUUCUCCUACGUGUAUCAGCGGAGCAGUGGUCUUGGUCUUUAUACUAUUGACCGAGAUGAGAUUCGGCGUUUCAAGGAAGCUUGGGCUAAUUUCGAUCCUCAUGGUUCUGGAUUUAUCACCAAGCAGCAAUUCCCGAGGCUUCUAGGAGAACUUUCCGGCGUGUUUGAGAUGCGUAUCUAUGAUGGAAAUUUCACUGUUGGUCGGAUACUUGAAAAGUGCCGAAGUGGUCCCAACCCCCGAGACUCGUUGGUUUCUUUCAACCCUUCAGAAAGGGCGGGUAGCAAUGAAGUUGAUAUUUCCAAGCUAGCCCGUAUCAUUGAUCAAAUUCCGGUUGAGGAGAUCCGUGCUCGCCGAAAACGAUUGAAUACCUUCUACGAGGAGGUUCUGGUGUCGGCCGACGUAGAACGUGGAGUGUCAUUCUCUGCGUGUUUGAUGAUUCUCGCCCAUUAUAAAAUCAUUGUUGACAGCAAGAGCUUACGUCUCGAGGAGUUUCUCCGGCGUCGUACCAGACUUCAACGUGUUGAAGAGGCUGUCCGACGAAACACUGUUAUUGGCUUUUUUGAUACCCUGUACUGGUCUCGUCGAUUCCGCAAGCGCAUCGAGAGUCGCAAAUCGGCUCGCCUAACGACUAUUCCACAAUUCUCAAUCCCUGAAAUCUAUGUUGAGGAUCAAGAACGCCAUGAAGUUGAGGACGACUAUUUUGAUGGCGAGUCAAGUCUCCAAAAGGACUCUAGGUUGACACUGUCUUCAACAAUCUCUCAACCAAGUGCAGUAUCGCCUACUAGCUCUGCUCGACCGUCUUUACAUAUCGAUACCAGUAUUGCGGCAGAGUCAUCCAGCGAGUGGUCAAGAAUUGGUGCUGCACUAUCACCACGUCAAAACGCAGCAGAAUUGGGUGUCGACUCCCCCCGCCGUUCGCAAUCCAUUACCGGCCAGUCAUCUCAAGGCAGCAAUUCGCAAGACAAUAGUGUCAUUGUACAAGAUAUGAUGCAAAGUCUGGGCGAUUCAGCGUGGGGUCAAAGUAUUCGCAGAAGCUUUACGCAGCGACGCUCCGGUCAGGGACCCCCACGGUAA